UCAAUAUGCGUCUCAGUACCGCAGCGAUAAGCAUCGGUAUGAUGUGAACGGGGUGAAAAGAUAAAAAAAUCAGUUUCCAAAGAAACCACGGGCUCGCGACUGCAUCACAGACACAGCUAUUCUUCCUCCCCCGUCCUCCGGUCGCCCGGACUAGCAGUGGAUUUCGUACCGACUGUCAGCCAUUUUUGCGCGGAUGGCCGCGGAGGUACGGAGGGCCCUCGGCCGGGGCCGGUGUCUGACGCUCGGCCUGCCUCGCGUAGGCCUUCACGGGACCGUGCUUCGAUCUCUUCUCUUCCUCGUAGCCUUCAGCGGACUGGUGUAUCUGUCCGCGGCCACUGAAGCGAAAGAGUGCGAUAAACCGUGUAUGAACGGGCAGUGCAACACAGCCAGUGGAGUGUGUGUGUGUGAGCCGGGAUGGGUCGGGGACCAGUGCCAGCACUGCGGCGGCCGCUUCAGGCUAACGGGGCCCUCCGGCUACCUCUCGGAUGGACCAGGAAAUUACAAAUACAAGACCAAGUGCACCUGGCUCAUUGAGGGACAGCCGAAUUCUAUCCUGAGGCUUCGCUUUGAACAUUUCGCCACUGAAUGCAGCUGGGAUCACCUGUAUUUGUAUGACGGAGACUCCAUCUAUUCUCCUCUACUCGCUGCCUUCAGUGGUUUGAUUGUUCCUGAGAGUUACAGCAACGAGACCUUCCCAGAGGUGGUGGCAGAGUCUGGCUUCGCCCUUCUGCACUUCUUCAGCGACGCUGCGUAUAAUCUCACUGGCUUCAACAUCUCCUACAGGUUGAACACGUGUCCCAAUAACUGCUCUGAUCGUGGUGAGUGUCGUGUGGGGAACUUCAGUGAGACUGUUCAGUGUGUGUGUGAGGACGGAUGGAAGGGGGAGGCCUGUGAUGUGCCCUACUGCCCGUCAAACUGUGGUUUCCCGCAGCGAGGACAGUGUCAAAACAGCACCAAACGCUGCCAGUGCAAACCAGUAUGGCAAGGGCCAGAUUGUUCAAUAUCCGUACCAGCGAAUGUUUCGUUCUGGACGCGCGAAGACUACAGCGGGCCCGGCCUGGCUCGGGCGUCCCAUAAGGCCGUGGAGCAUGAAGACGUGAUGUGGGUCAUAGGUGGACACGUGUAUAACUACACACGAUACCAGAUGGUGACUGCGUUCAAUAUCUCCUCCCAAACCUGGAUUUCUUUAAACCGGUCUGUCAACUCUGUAACUGGACGCUACGGUCAUGCUGUCACGCUCCAUGAGGAUAAAAUCUACAUGUACGGUGGAAAAAUUGACACUACGGGAAACGUGACGUCAGAACUGUGGGUGUUCCACAUUCGUAACCAGUCGUGGGUUCUGCUGAAUCCACAUGCUAAAGAGCAGUAUGCCGUCGUUGGUCAUUCUGCACAUACUGUCCAGCUUCAACCCGACGGAUCAGAGCCGGUCAUACUGGUGGUGUUUGGACACUGUCCUCUAUAUGGAUACAUCAGUCAAGUACAGCAGUACAACAUUGUGGAGAACACAUGGAGCAUUUUAGACACACGCGGGGCGUUGGUUCAGGGCGGCUAUGGGCAUAGCAGUGUGUAUGACCCUAUCACCCGCUCCAUCUACAUCCACGGAGGUUACAAGGCUUUUACUGCCAAUAAAUAUGGCCUGGCUGGAGACCUGUACCGCUAUGAUGUGGACAAAAGAAUGUGGUCGAUUCUGAAGGACAGCGGGUUUUUCCGGUACCUCCACACAGCGGUGAUCUCUGCAGGAAACAUGCUGGUGUUCGGAGGAAACACACACAACGACACGUCAAUGAGCCACGGAGCCAAGUGCUUCUCAUCUGACUUCAUAGCAUAUAACCUGGCUUGUGAUGAAUGGACUAUGCUCCCCAAACCAGAUCUUCACUAUGAUGUCAACCGUUUCGGCCACUCAGCUGUUUAUCACAAUGGGGUGAUGUACGUGUAUGGAGGCUUCAACAGUCUGAUGCUCAGUGAUGUGCUGAAGUUCACCCCUGUGAGCUGUGCUGUGUUCUCUGAGCAGCUGGACUGUGUGAUGGCUGUGCCCGGCGUGAAGUGCAUGUGGAACUCUACUACCUCAACCUGUCUGUCUUGGGAGGAAGCGGCGGCCUUUGACAUGGAGAGCUUGAGGAGCAACUGCACUACCAGAGUGUAUCCAGAUGGUGAAAAGUGUGAACAAUAUUCAGACUGCUACAGUUGUACAGCGAACACAAACAGCUGUCAGUGGUGCAGUGCGCUCUGUGUGUCCAUCCAUAGUAACUGCACUGGUUCACGGGGGGCGAUAUCGGAAUAUGACGCAUGUCCAAAGGACAACCCCUCUUCUGCAUGCAGUAAGAGGACCAGCUGUAAAAGUUGUGCUACGGAUCAGAACUGCCAGUGGGAAGCCAGAAAUCAAGAAUGCAUCGCCCUUCCUGGAAACAUGUGUGGGGAGGGCUGGCACCUGGUGGGCAACUCGUGUCUGAAAGUGAUCUCAGCGAAGGACACUUAUGACAACGCUAAACUGGCGUGUCGCAGUCACCAAGCUGUGCUGGCUUCCCUCACCACACAGAAGAAAGUCCAGUUUCUUCUCAAAGAGGUGCAGAACAGAUCACUGCAGUCGAAAGCGAUGGUGACUCCUUGGGUGGGUCUGAGGAAGAUCAACGUCUCCUACUGGUGUUGGGAAGACAUGUCCCCCUUCACCAACUCUACACUACAGUGGUUACCGGGAGAGCCCAGCGACGCUGGUUUUUGUGGCUAUCUAGCAGAGCCUACAUUCAAUGGACUGAAGGCAGCUACUUGUGUGAACUCUGUGAACGGGAGCCUGUGCGAACGACCAACCAAUCACAGCGUAAAGCAGUGUCGUACACCCUGCGCACUCCGCUCGUCCUGUAGCGAGUGCACUAGCGGGAGCUCGGAGUGUAUGUGGUGCAGUAACAUGAGGCAAUGCGUGGACUCAAACGCCUAUGUGGCGUCUUUCCCCUACGGCCAGUGCAUGGAGUGGUACACCAUGAACAGCUGUCCACCGGAGAAUUGUUCCGGCUAUAAGACCUGCACUCAUUGUUUGGAUCAGCCCGGCUGUGGGUGGUGCACUGAUCCCAGUAAUACAGGCCGGGGACAGUGUAUCGAGGGCUCUUACCGUGGGCCAAUCCAGACGCUCUUCCACGCCCCUUCAUCGUCAGGCCCCUCCCUCAUUCCCGCUCCUCAGCCGAUGCUGAAUGUGAGCUUGUGCCCACUGGAGACCAGUUACAACUGGUCUUUCAUCCAAUGCCCAGCGUGUCAGUGUAAUGGACACAGCUCGUGUGUAAACGACAGCGUGUGCGAGAGAUGUGAGGACCUCACCACGGGCAAACAGUGCGAGAGCUGCGUCUCUGGUUACUAUGGGGAUCCCACAAACGGGGGCAGCUGUCAGCCUUGUAAGUGCAAUGGCCAUGCCGGUUUGUGUAAUCCCACUAACGGCAAGUGUUUCUGUACCACCAAGGGCAUCAAAGGAGACCGCUGCCAUCAGUGUGAGGUGGAGAACCGUUACCAGGGCAACCCUCUGAAGGGAACGUGUUAUUACACUCUGCUGAUAGAUUACCAGUUUACCUUCAGUCUGUCUCAGGAGGAUGACCGGUACUACACCGCUAUCAACUUUGUGGCGACUCCUGAUGAGACGAAUCGAGACCUGGACAUGUUCAUCAAUGCUUCUAAAAACUUCAACCUGAACAUCACAUGGGCGACCAGCUUUUUAGCUGGGACUCAAGCUGGUGAGGAGAUCCCCAUCGUCUCUCGUAGCAACAUAAAGGAGUUCAAGGAUAGUUUCUCCAACGAGAAGUUCGAUUUCCGUGGCAACACCAACAUUACCUUCUACGUGUAUGUGAGCAACUUCACCUGGCCAGUGAAAAUCCAGAUUGCUUUCUCUCAACACAGUAACUUCAUGGAUCUGGUACAGUUCUUUGUCACGUUCUUCAGCUGUUUCCUGUCCUUGCUUCUGGUGGCGGCGGUCGUGUGGAAGAUAAAACAAAGCUGCUGGGCGUCACGGAGAAGAGAGCAACUCCUACGAGAAAUGCAGCAGAUGGCCAGCCGACCGUUCGCCACCAUCAACGUCGCCUUGGAGACGGAGGAUGAGCCGCCAGACCUGAUUGGUGGAAACGUGAAGUCUGUCCCUAAACCUAUAGCCUUGGAGCCCUGUUUUGGGAAUAAGGCAGCAGUGCUCUCUAUCUUUGUUAGAUUACCCCGAGGACCAGGGGGCAUCCCUCCUCCGGGACAGACAGGUCUGGCAGUAGCUAGUGCGUUAGUGGACGUCUCUCAGCAGAUGUGCCUGGGAUAUAAGGAGAAAUCGUCAGGAUUGCGUAGCCGUAAGCAGCAGCCGUUAGCACAGCCCUCCACCUGCAUCUGACCCUUCAUCAUCUGACCUCAGACCUCUUAAGACUGAAUCACAGCAACAUACACUAGCAGCCGGGUCACGGGAGAUGAGGCGGGUGUGGUUUACCGAAACCAAGCUGACUCUCUGAUUGGAGAAACUGAAUCGCUCCUGGACAACGAAAAAUGAACUGAAGCGAAAAGACGGACUCCUGCGUGACCCAGACUGAUAGGACUUAACCCGCGGGCCACUUUAUUAUAUUUAACUUAUUUCAGUUAUUUUAUUCUGUUUUUACAAUCAGGAGGAAGAAUCCUUGCACUGCUGCAUCUGCGUAUCGAAGGCAACACACAUACUUCCCUUCUGGAGACCGUCGUUGGCUGCAUGGCUAUCACACACACGUUCACGCACGCGCACACACACGGUUUCUUUAAGGGCCGUUCAGUGCGCCUUUGUCUCUUUUAUCAUGGCUCCUUUAGUAGUUCAGUCGCAACAAAUUAGUUUUAUUUGUAAAUCAUGUCUAAUUUGCGUGUAGCACUAGUUUUGUGAAAUUAGCCUGCUGUGAGUGUGCUGUUCACACAGAUUUAAUUUUACAGGUCAUCUCUGCUGUCUCCACAGAGUUUGUCGAAAUUUUUUGCCUUUUCACAUCUUUCAAUUCUCCGCCGAAUUUCCUUCAUUGACAUGUUUACUUAUCCAGGCUAUUAGGAAGAUCGCGCGCAAGUGUUUACGUUUGGGGUAAUGAUAGUGCCGCUUCUGCUUUUACCCUCCGCUCAUCUAAAAAUCUCAGGCCGUUUUUCAAACGGUGGAUGGAAACAAAGAAGAUAUUAAAAGGAGAUGGCAGGCGGGCGGGCGGCAGGCGCAAUCAGAACAAGCAGGGACCUUGUUUGGGUUUUUCAAAAUGUCAGAUGUCAUUUUUGCCCAGGGAGGGAUUAUCUGCAUACACAAAUGCACCGACCCAGGUGUGUGUGUCGGAUACUGAGGGGAUCCGUCUGGGUAUGGAGUGGAUUGCCUGGUGAAAGGAAAGGUCAAAGAUGGAAUGAGCAAAUGUGACAUUAUGACUUCGGAAGCGACGUAUAAGUGGGUGUAGCGGUGCUGUCAUCAUGUUUUUCGUUCUGCGAGCGUGCCAGAAUAGGCGACAGCACAGAUGACCUAAUUGCUUGGUUUUUGGUGCCGUUUGAGUGAGCCGUGAAUAUAGGGACACAGGCCACUUGACCAGUAAAAAGCAUCUGUUUCAAUGCAGACAACACUAACAGUAGUCGCUUAUCCUCCUGUGAUCCUGAUUAUACAGUGUGAAUGUAAAGGUGAUCAUAGAGACGCGUUUAAUUCUUACAGAUUUGUUAUAAAAAAAGAUGGGCCGAAGUUCCAGAAGGUUCUUACGUUUGUAGUGUAUUAUAAAAAGGCCCAAAAGGGAAAUGAUACAUAAACACAAGUGAUUUAAUGAAAGGAGCUGGUCUCUCUUACUUCUGGAAGUUCAUUUCCACAAUGCUUGUCUCUAUAAGCCUCAAACAGUACUCCUGUAGACGCACGCACACACAUACAUACAUACACAUACACACGCACACACACACACACACACACACUGACUGCACCAUCUAUAUACAGUGAUGCUGUAGAUAAGAAGUCUGUAGUUUGUUAAUAUGUAUACUGUAGCAGCAAGUGCACUCAAGAUUUUUGUACAUAGCGAUGGACAGUAAUGUGAAUGCGUGUCUGUUAAGCGACUCACUGCGCUUGGCGUGUGGAGAAGCCCAGGCUUUUUAUUGAAAUGUGACUGCAUUGCAGCUUCUUUUGUAUGUAAGAUGGUGAAUGUCAUGAACAAACUUUAAACUAGCUGCCUACUUUAAAAGCGAAAGAUCUGAAAAUUUAAACUCAUCUUGUAAUUAUGUGUACAUAAAGAAUGACCUAGAACAUUUUGUCUAUAAUUAAAUGGUAAAAGGAAUGUGGCAUGUCGAUUGUUCUGUUCAAAAAUGAAAUGCGCCUUUUUUAUAUUAUAUUAUAUUUUCUUUGCCAUAAUUUAUUGCACAGGUGAUGAGUUUUUUUUAGCAGUUUGUAACAGUGGUUAUUAAUUAAAUUAAAUAGCUGUACAUCUAAAAUA